AUGCUCCUGACAAACUGCUUUUUUUUUUUUUUAAAGACUAGCGCGGAUGUCCGUAACCAAAAUGGUGGCGAGUACGAGCCAGACAGCCUUUCAAGUUUUCAAAGAAGCAUUCAACGUCGCCUGAAAGAGUUAAAGCUGUCUUUCAAUAUCCUUAAAGACGAAGAGUUUUGUCGUUCCAGAGAAGUAUUGACCGCCAAAAGAAAAAAUCUUGUGAAACAAGGGCGAGGAAACAAGCCAAACGCUUGCCGUGAAUUGACAGGCGAAGAAGAAGAAAAGUUGUUUGAGAGCGGCGCUUUUGGUUGCCAUAAUCCCGAAGCGCUCCAGCGCACAUUAUGGUGGUUCUUUUCACUCCACUUUGGAAUCAGAGCCAGGGACGAAAGCCGGAAACUUUGCUGGGACGAUUUGGAGCUGCAAAUUGAUCCUGAAACAGGCAGAGAAAUCUUGGUUUGG